AUGGGUGUUCUUAGCAUGAAGGUUGGAGAAGGAGAACACAGUUAUGCAAACAAUUCUGAGGCGCAGAAAAGUAUUAAUUCCGAUGCAAAACUGGCGGUGGUAGAAAACGUAAAGGAAAUGAUAGUGAAAAUGGAUUUUCCUGGAGGUAUCAAAGUGGCCGACUUGGGAUGUUCUUCCGGGGAAAACACUUUCUUGGCUAUGUCCGAAAUAGUCAAUACGAUCAUAACAUCAUACCAACAAAAAGGUCAAAUCCCACCAGAGAUCGAUUGUUGUCUGAACGAUCUCCCGGGCAACGACUUCAACACAACUUUCAAAUUGAUCCCUUCUUUCUACAAGAAGUUGAAGAUGGACGUUAAAGAAACAUGUCUUGUCUCAGGAGUCCCUGGCUCAUUCUACUCAAAACUCUUUCCAAGCAAGUCUCUCCAUUUUGUUCAUUCAUCUUUUAGUCUCCAUUGGCUUUCUAAGGUUCCUGAUGGGAUUCAAGAAAACAAGACGAACGUGUAUCUUAGAAGUCCAUGCCCUCCAAAUGUGUACAAGAGUUAUUUGACUCAGUUCAAGAAUGAUUUCUCAUUGUUUCUAAGAAAGCGUGCGGAAGAGACUGUGCCUAAUGGACGUAUGGCUCUCACUUUAGUGGGCAGAAAAGCUUUGGACCCUUUAUCCAAAGAUUGUUUCCAAAAUUGGUCGUUGAUAUCUACUUCCCUCCUUGACUUGGUUUCUGAGGGAAUUGUGAAGCAAUCAGAUGUGGAAUCUUUCAAUUUGCCGUUUUACAAUCCUGACGAAAAUGAGGUGAGGAAUGUUAUCGAAAAUGAGGGCUCUUUUGAGAUCAAGAAUUUUGAGACAAUAUAUGGUCUUCUUUUUUCAUACAAAACUGGUCGUACGGAAGUAAAAGAUGAUGAUGAUAUGGACCAAUCAUGUCGACUUGAAGUCGUUAAGAAGAGGGCAAAGACAAUAAGAUCCAUCAUUGAACCGAUGCUUGUUGCUCAUUUUGGAGACGCCAUUAUCGAUCGUCUGUUCGACAAGUACACGUACCAUUUAACCCAGCGUUACGAUACCUUGCGCAACAAACCAACCGUUAAUUUCUUUGUUUCGUUGAUAAGAAAGUAA